CGCGCCGGCGCGCGUCGUAACUAACUGAAUCUCGCAAGUUGGAAAUAAUUUCAUUUCACUUGAUUUCAAUUGCGUUGUGUCGCUACAUUUUUUAAAAAUUAAUGCAUAAUUACAGCAAAUAUCUAACGUGUUUAUAAUUUGGUUUAAUAAUUAAAAAGUGACCAUUGAAAAAUAUAUAUUAUUUUUCUCGGAAUCUCUUAACAAAGCAUAUUAUACGCCUAUUGAAAAUUAAAUUAGGUUGUGUAGUGUUCAUUGGUAAAUCGAAAGAAACUAAUUAACAAUAAUAUUGUACAGUGUUAUAUAUUUAUAAUGGGGUCGAUUGUGUUAAAAAGUUUAUCUAUUCUUCUGGGAUUGUUCUUCAUAUUUAUGGGUAUUACGAAGAUUUCUCCAUUUAUUUCAAAGGAAUUGCACAAGGAAUUGCGAAAGGAGUACGUUAGAUAUGCGAAAGUGUUUCCGUUGAGCGAGAUGCUGGAUUUUAAAGUUCCGUCCAAAUGGUACCGACGGACCAUCGGGGGAUGUGAAAUACUUUUUGGAAUAAUUCUCGCUCUUAUACCACAUCAGAGGAUAAAAAACGCCGCAAACAUUGGUCUAAUCCUACUGAUGGUGCUGGCGACGUACUCGCACGUGGCAAUCAGCGAUCCCUUCGACCGAUCCGCACCCACCAUCGUCUUCUUCUUCAUGCUUUGUGGGAGACUGGUUGUUUGGUAUCAAACCCAUCGUCGAGAAAUGCUGGAGAAGUUAUCCGCGGCACAAAACGGCAACGGUCUUAAGAGAGAUUGAUAUUAUUUUGUGGUCGAAUACAUUUAACUUUUUUUGCGUUUUCUCCAUCGGUAUACUGAGCGUUCCUUUUCAGCAGUUUCGUUUGUCGCACCUAGGUCCGGAUAAGCGAACGGGUAGGUUGUCGAAUACGAAUUUAUUAAUGUUACUUCAGUGUUCGUAUUUUUUCGUGUUUCUAGGAUUAAACGCACUGUGAUUUUGGUCUAGUCACUUUAAUUUCUAAUGGUUCCUGACGAUCCUAAAUUGUCACCUAAUCAAUCAAUAAAGAAAUCGAGUCUUAGCUGUAUGUAAAUAUUAAAACGUUUGUGAAUAUUACUCAAUUUAAACAAAUAUAAAUAGCGAAUAAAUUUGUCAUCAUCAUAAUAUUUGGUGACAAAAUGCCACUAUAAUGACGGUAGGCCUUUAACUCAUACCGAUGUUGGAAAGAUUCGUCCAAUCGUUUGAGUCAUUAUUACUAUUACUAAGUAGUCACUGAGCUCAUUAUUCCACGACCCGAGUAACAAUAAUUGUAGGUCUACGUCAUUUGUUUUCAGUUUACUAAUCAUGCAUCAUUUUAUAAACUUUGAAGGUUUCGUUGAACAGAAGUUAUAUUACUUUAAGUGUGAUUGUUGUACGAUAUACUAGAGUAGGCUAUUUGUAUGACUGUAACGUUACCUACUUACUGUCUCGUAUUUACCAAUUACCAGACGCCAGUGUGUGACGGAUGGGGUUUCCCCUUUAGCUUUAUGUGAAAUGAGUGUAUUGUGGUGUAAUUUCUGACUAAGUAGUCAUUAAUUAGAUUUAGAUUAAUCAUUUAAUUAGAUAUAAUCGUAGGCUAAUCGCUCUGAGUUUGCUCAAUACAAACGCAACAGCCUCGACAUUUGGAAACUUGAAAGGAAUUUAUAAACGCACAAAAGUCCUAUAGAGUUUCAUUUUCUGCUCUCCUCCCGUUCACUUGUACUAAACAUUAUUAUAAUUUGUAAUUUACGGUAGAGAAAAAUGUUACCAAAAUAACACACUGUAUUAAGUAGGUACCCAUUGAGAUUGAUAUACGUAGAUGGCACAUAUAGCCAAUUAAUAAUAGAGAUGUAGUAUGAAAGCUGUAAGAUGUAAUAUGUAAGUAUGAAAGCUUACGAUGGCCGAAGGCUCCUUUGUGUUGUAGUUUUGUACUUUUAAAUACACGUAUUGGAAUUCGCACAUCAAUCUAACAAUGGAAAUCCAUAUUUUAUUAUUUAUUUUAAAAUUUAUUACUAUCUCCCUAGGAAAAGAAUAGCCUAUUGGCUGUGGUUAAAGUGUGUUUGUGUGUGAUGAAUAGGUAGACAAGAACGAUCAUGAGUGGUUAUUAGUUUUAUAUAAGAGUAUCACUGCCUGAUGUUGAAAAUUAGCAAUCAUGUAAUUUUUUUUAUUAAGAAAUUGAAUUUAAGCUUUUCGUGUACAAUAAAAAAUUAGUUAACAUAC